AUGUCAUCAAAACGCAAAUGGGACCAAGCUGCACCAGACUCUGAAGACGGGCCAGAACCUAAAAAGCUUGAGCUCAGUGGGGAAGCUGCAGAGGCCGCAGCCAGAGCUGCUGCUAUUGCCUCCAAAAUCGCUGCGCAAUUCAGCGAACUGGGUGCGGAGGAGGCCUUUUCACAGGACAUAGACAUAAACGAUGUCAGGAAUCGGUAUAUGCUCACCAAGGCUACUACCCAGCAGGAGAUUAAAGAUAAGGCUGGGGGCAACUUGUCGACUAAAGGUAUCUGGUAUCCCGACCGGACGAAAGCUACCGAGAGAGAUCCUCCCUUGUACUUGCACGUCACCGCCAAGUCUGCCGAAAUCCUCAAAAGAACUGUCGAUGUUGUCCAUGAGUAUAUAGCUAUUGACAUGGGCAGUCUGGUUGAAGACAAGAAGAAGGAAAAGCGAAAAUGGCCUGAAGAAAAGCUGCCUGUUGGACUUGAAACCAUCCGUAACUUUAAUAUCAGGGCCAAGGUCGUUGGACCUAGUGGCUCUUUCGUCAAGUACAUCCAGCAAGAAACGCAAACCCGAGUCCAAAUCAAAGGCAUAGGGUCAGGUUUCGUUGAUCAAGAAACAGGCCGAGAAAGCGACGAACCGUUGUAUAUUCACAUAACGGGACCGGAAGAGCAACAAGUUGCGCGAGCAAAGGUGCUGACAGAGGAUUUGCUGUCAGUCGUUCGCAUCGAACACGCUAAAGUUGCUGUGGCUCUUCAGCACGAGCAGAUGGAGCUGCGAAAUGCUCAGAUGCAAUACACUCAUUAUGGUGCAUUGGCAGGGGGUUAUGGCUCUGCGCCAGAUGGGCCCGCACCAGAUCAACCACCCCCUCCCAGUGGGGACCAGUUCGACCCUGUGGCCUUCAAUGCCUACUGGGCUAACUACGGCUACGACACUAAUUCACAAGAGUUCCGAGACUGGGUGACGCAAAACUAUCCUGCGGCUAAAAGUUACUAUGAUAGUCUGGAUGCCCAAGGGAGCAGCGCUCCUGUUCCCCCUUCUCAGCCAGCUCCUCCACCACCCCCUACUGAUGGUCUUCCGCCUCCGCCUCCCCCAGCGUAA